AUGAAGACCUUCUCAAGCGUUGCUCUCGCCCUGCUGGCUGCGACCAGCAUGGUUGCUGCCGAGAUGUCCGCCUCGGACUGCGCGCAAAUGUGCAUCAACAACAUGAACGCCAAGGCCUCCGAGCUCAACUGCCAGUCUGGUGAUUUGGCCUGCCUGUGCAGGAACCAGGACUACGAGUACGGCGUCCGCGACUGCACCGCCCAGGCUUGCCCCAACGAUGAUUCUGCCACUGUUGUCAAGAUGGCCCUUGCCUCGUGCCCUAGCGGCACCUCCUCGGGCUCUUCCUCAGGCUCUUCCUCGGGUUCCAGCGCGUCCGGCUCCGGCACUUCUUCGGGUUCUAGCUCGGGCUCCGAGACUACCUCUGGCUCGGGCAGCGAGAGCACCGGCACUCACUCUGGUGAUUCGACCUCCACCGGUGGUUCAGGUUCGGGUUCGGGCUCGGGCUCGGCCACUACCACUGGCUCCGGCAGUGAGAGCACUGGUACUCAGUCCGGUGAUACGACCGGCACCAACUCCAAUGGAAGCGGCACCGCCACUGCUACUGGCACUGAGACUACCGGCACUGGUGCGACCACGAUGAUUACCACCGCUAGCGGCUCUGAGGCUUCUUCGACUGGCACCAGCUCGGGCUCCGGCUCGGGCUCUGCUACUGAGUCUGGUGCUGGCUCGCAGAGCACCGGUUCUGGUUCUGGUUCUGGUUCUGGCUCGAACACUGCUGCUCCCUCUAGCAGCAGUACUGGUGCUGCUCAUCCCAUGGCCACUGUCGGAACUGGCGCUGUUGGCGCUCUUGGCCUGGCUGCCCUGUUUGUGCUGUAA